UUUUCAUGUUUCCCAUUCGUUAUCAACAAGGACAAAAUAGGCACUAAUGACAGAUGCAGGGAAUUUGCCGAUAUGAGCUGUAAAGAUCAGAGAAUUGAACUGUAGCACAGAAUUCAAAGGAGGGAUUAAUAAAGGAUGUACAGCUUUAUGGGAGGAGGGCUCUUCUGCGCUGGUGUUGGGAACAUACUCUUGAUUGUUUCCACGGCAACAGAUUAUUGGCUGCAGUACCGUCAUUCAACCAACUACAUGCAUCAAGGACUGUGGCGGUAUUGUGUACCUGGAAAAUGUUAUUCACACACAGACAGUAUUGCCUACUGGGAUGCAACACGAGCCUUCAUGAUCUUGUCUAUUUUGGCUUGCUUUAUUGGCAUCAUCCUUGGAGUCAUGGCCUUUAUUCACUACUCAUCCUUUGACAAGUUUGACAAAACCUUUGCUGCUGGCAUUCUCUUUUUUACUUCAAGCUUUUUCGUCUUGCUUGCCAUGGCAAUCUAUACUGGUGUCACAGUAAAUUAUUAUGGAAAACGGUAUGGAAACUGGAGAUUCUCCUGGUCCUACAUUGUUGGCUGGGUGGCCGUGGUCCUCACAUUUUUUUCAGGUAUCUUCUACAUGUGUGCCUACCGCAUGCAUGAGAGUCACAGAAGCCUUAACACUCGCUAGAAGAACCAAUGCGCAUGUUCAAAGACAAGGAGGCUGCAUCAAAUUUUGUCACUGAAUAUUGAAAAAGCUGU